AUGAAGCUCACUACGGCCCUUGUAUCGGCUGCUCUCGUCGGCCUUGCUCGCGCAUCGGUGCAAGGCUUCGACAUCUCGAGCUAUCAGAGUUCCGUCGACUUCGACGCGGCAUACAAAUCUGGUGCGAGGUUUGUGAUUAUCAAGGCUACCGAAGGUACCACCUACAUCGAUUCCCAAUUCUCUUCCCACUACACUGGUGCCACCAAGGCCGGAUUUAUCCGGGGCGGGUAUCACUUUGCGCACCCGGAUAAGAGCUCAGGCAGCGAGCAGGCGAAGUUCUUCCUCGCGCACGGCGGUGGCUGGUCCAAGGACGGCAUUACUCUCCCCGGAAUGCUCGAUAUUGAAUAUAACCCAUCGGGAUCCAACGAGUGCUAUGGCCUCAGCCAGUCCUCGAUGGUGAGCUGGAUCAAGGACUUCGUUGACACCUACCACUCGGCCACUGGUCGCUACCCGAUGAUCUACUCCACGGCCGACUGGUGGACGACCUGCACGGGCAACAGCAAGGAAUUCUCCAGCACCUGCCCGCUCGUCCUCGCUCGCUACGGCAGCUCCCCGGGCACCAUCCCCGGUGGCUGGAGCACGGAGACUAUCUGGCAGAACAGCGACCACUACACCUACGGCGGCGACUCGGACAUCUUUAACGGGGACGAGUCUCGGUUGAAGGUGCUGGCCACUGGCUGA